CAACGUUCCAAUUGCUAUGAAACGUUCUCCUGGCUUUCACAAACUUUCUUUACGUUUCACAGAAUUUUAGAAAAUACCAUAACUUUGCUCAAUCGUAUAAACCUGAAAAAACUCCAUAAAUUAAUUCGGAGCACUCUAGUAUUUUCCACAUUAAACUUCCCAAUAUCUGAAACUUAUGCCGAUUACGGAACCCAUCUGUAAUAUAACAUUUUUAAUUUUCUUCAUCGCGUGAACAUUGUCGUAACAAAGUCGAUCAAUAAAUUUAACUCAGUAAAAUCAUCGAAGCGAAUAAUCGACACUUUACAUAGGCAUCCAUCCACUUUACAAAAUAUACUGAAGCAAAUUUCGUUUUCUUUCGAUUACACACGAAAUAGAAGCAGAUGACGAUGCAUUUUUUAAAUAUCGACCGAUAAUGUGCAUCGAUAAACCUGAGCACAAUGCACAAGAAUGCCCGAUAAUAUAUAUUAUUAUUGCGCGGGCGCGGGUCAAUAAUCGAGCACGUUGCCUGGCGACGGUACUCCUGCUCUCUCUCAGCCUCCGGAAUUUCUUUUUCAGUGACUAGUCCUGCAGCUGCGACGCGCAGAAGUCCAGCAACCUUCGAUACAUCGUCAUCGGACCGGUUUCAUCUACUCUGGCUUAAACACGCCGCUCCUCGUUUCAGUCUCUUUUCUGUUCAGAUUCAAAGUUUGAAGUUAAAAUUCAGCGAUCUUCAUUGCGUCUCGACUCGCCUCGAUGGAAUUUUGCGAAUCAAUUCUUUAAUAUUUUUUAUCGAUUGAUUGUUCAAUAGUUAUGUGGAGAAAAAGCAGACAGUUAGCAACUUUCCAACCCUGUUCAGAAACUGGAAGUGAAUGUAAGAAAGGUGGUAAACAGAAACUCUCAGCACGUACGAUCGAAGAUAAGUUCGAAAGACUAUGUGGAUUCAAAUUGGACGAUCUUUCGUCUUUUGAAAGAUUCACAGCGCUUUUGUAUCGACCAACUGAUCCAGCUAGUUUAGGAGUUGUCAGAGCACUUUUUGGACUAUGCAUGGUAUUGGACGUGGUAGAAGAACGAGGAUUAGCAGAUAUAGACAUAAAAUGGGGAGAUCCUAUGGAGUGCCAUUUCCCAUUAAUUCACGGAAUGAAAGCUCCCUCACUGCCAUGGAUGAUAUUAAUUUACACGAUAAUGUGGAUAGGUGCUUUUGGAAUUAUGCUAGGUUCGCGAUUCAAAGUAGCUUGUGCCUGUUUCGUGAUUCCAUAUUGGUACAUCUUCCUCUUGGAUAAAAGCUACUGGAACAAUCACACGUAUCUUUAUGGGAUCGUUGCUAUUCUCUUCUGGGGUACGGAGGCUAACAAGUACUUUGCAUUGGAUGCUACUAAAAUGAAAGUUACCGAGAAAACCGCGCCAUUAUGGAACUAUUUCAUUCUAAAGUUUCAAUUUUUUGCACUAUAUUUCUUAGCUGGACUGAAAAAAUCUGGUGCAGAAUGGCUAUCAGGUUACGCCAUGACGAAUUUAUCGCAGCAUUGGGUCUUCAGUCCGUUUAAAUUAUUUUUGACCACCAAGCAAACUGAUUUUUUCAUAGUUCACUGGUUUGGAUUUAUCUUUGACCUCACGGUUGGAUUUUGGAUGCUGUUCGAUAAAACUCGAAUUCCUGCAAUGAUAUUUUGUACAGCUUUCCACUUAAUGAACUCUCGAUUAUUUAGUAUCGGAAUGUUUCCAUUAGUGUGCCUUGCAACGAUGCCUCUGUUUUGCAGUCCAAAUUGGCCUCGAAGGCUCGGAACUUUCAUCAAACGUAAUUAUGCUCGUUUAUUUUCUAAGAAAAGUCAAGAGAUAAGAAACUAUGAGAAAAUUGCGAUGGAGCAAGUAAAAGAAUUGUACGAUGAAACAAAUGAUGAAACUGGCAACGGAUCAUCGAUCGAUGAUGGAAACCAAGAAGGUACAAACUCGAUAAGCUCUACAAUUACUUGUAAACAUAUCAAAGGAAUCAGCAGCAAAUCCACUAGAGUGACGAAGAAGCAAAAGUUCGUAGUUUCUCUAUUACUAUUCCAUGUAUUCUUGCAGUUUUUCUUACCAUACUCUCAUUUUAUCACGAAGGGUUACAAUAACUGGGUACCAGGAAUGUAUGGAUAUUCUUGGGACAUGAUGGUGCACGUUUGGGAUACUGUACUAGUCGUAAUUAAGAUUCACGAUAACGUCAGUAACGAGGAUCGUUAUUUGGAUCCUGAAGCAUGGGUGCAAACCAAUCGAUGGGAGAAACACGGCGAUAUGGUCAUACAAUACGCUUCCUGUUUAAGAGAUAAUUUAAUUAAACAAGAAAAUCAACUUUUCGAGAGUGACUUCCAACGCGACAGAAAACCGAAAUGGUCGCGACUGUCAUCGAAUUUAAGCAUCUACAUCGACGUGUGGUGUUCGCUAAAUGGAAGAUUUCAACAGAGGAUGUUUGAUCCAAAUGUUGAUAUGCUAACAGUAGAUUGGCACCCGUUUCAGCCUAUUUCUUUCUUAAUGCCCCUUCUUUCGCAAUAUAAUUCGUAUAGAUACAAGUUGGAAGAAAUUCAGCAACACGUUUACACUUGGUCCAACGAUACCGAUGUUCUUUUCAUCGCUGAUUUCCCAGGCAUGUAUCUAGACAAUUAUAUCUCUAAGAACUUCACCAACGUCACACUGACUGUUCUCGAAGGUGAAAUAACAUAUAGCGACGAGGAACAGAGAUAUAUCGUGGUCUCGAAAGGAUCAUCGAUCCAAGUACAAACAGGCCAAUUUCAUAAAGUAACGACAACGAGCGCUUAUCCAGCUUGCUACAUGUACACCUGUACUAAUCGAAAUAAAGAGGAACCAGAAACGGAUGAUAUAAUGGAGCUCGAAGAACCAAGAGAAGCUUUCCCAAUCGCGAGGGAAAUUAGAUACAAGGUCGACGCCUGGAUAAGAGCAUUGUAUCAUAUAGCAAACUCAUUUUUCCAUUUAGUGUACAACGUUCCUAUGGUGCGACGAGUACAAGUCAAUGAAUAAUAUAAAUAUUUGCGAUUCAAAGUCGUCUGAACACAGUACGAAAUUAAUCGAAUGUUGAUUUCCAUUUCUAAGCGGCUAAUUUUUAGAAAUAGAUCAGGACUGAUGAAGAGUUUAUUGUUUUACCUGACUUGAGGUAAAAUUGUGAUAUCGAUUCUCAGUAGAUAGAUGGAUUAUUUCAAUUCAGUAGAUAAAAUAGAUAUAAAUGUCCAAAGAGAAUUUAUUAUUAAUUAUCAGUUAUUAUAAAAAUAAGUGGACAAGUGGAGACAUGUAUCAAUGAAGUUUCGUUAAAUGCAACUUGUUUACAUCAGAAUAUUAUUGUUAUUUUCAAUUAUCUACUAAAUAACCUAUGUGUACUAUAAGGAUAUAGAAUAAAUAAAAUUCAAGCAUAUAAUAAUUAAGCUUCAUUGGCAUUUACUCCCAGUCUACCCAUCCAUUUAUUUUUGUCUCUGCGACUGUAUGUAAUAUAUAAAUAAUGGAAGAAUCAAAUGUGCACGGAGGAAGAUAAUCGUGAUUAAAACCGUAUUUUCGUAUUUUUUCGGAUUAACUUUUUCGCUUUUGUUUGGAAAAUAACGGUGAAUGAUUGCCACCGUGGCGAGUUUUAGAGCUAAGAGCGUCUAUUAUUAGUUCCUAAUAAAAAGAUAAUCGACGAAGUAGAAGACGUCGUAAUCGUAACUAUGUCAACUCGUCUAUGCCCCUGUAAAAACAAUUCAUCGUGUUUCUAAUAAUACGCUCAAGUCGGAUCUUUCUUGUUUCGGUCUAUGCGCAAAACGCCACUGAAAAACCGCGACGCGAAAUUAAUCUCAAGGACGUUGAACUUCACGAGAGCAAAAGUAUGAAAACGAUUAAAUAUGCGCGAUCAAACAGCUAUGACUAAAUGAUGGAAAUAAAUGGUCGAUAACCUACUUCGAUUAUUCAUCGAUUCGGUUAUCGUUGUGAAAAUCGACGAAAUUCGAGAAAACACGAUUUCUUUGAUUUAAGAUCUUAAAUAAAAGAGAAAGGAAAGAAAGAAAUCACAUCCCAUUCUAUUUAAUAAUAAGAAAAAUACUCGACGUGUAGUUGGAUAUUCAGGGGCUCACAAAACAUCCAGAAACAUUUUGAGAAUAUAUUAUGUGUGUUAUACGAAACACUUAAAAAUGUUGUUAGCGCUGUAACGAGACUGUCAUAAUCGUAUUGGUAAAGUUUGAAACGAAUGUGGAAAUGUAGAUGGAUGCUACAAGAUGUUUAGAACAAGUAUAUGUUUAUAUGACAUCAUAAUAGUAUUUAAACAAUCGAUUAUGAAUUAGUAUUAGUAAGUCUCAAUAUUCAUUGCAAUUAUUUUCGAUACUUAAUACACGUUCAAGCUGUAUAUUGUAUGUGUUGUACACUGAUUUUUUACUUGAUAUAUUUUGACAGUAAAUAUCUCGUAAUUUCUAUAUACAUUUUCAAAUUGAUUCCAAGUUUGACCAAUGUAAUCACGAUAGUCGUGUCUAAUUACGGUGCUAAUGAAAUUUCAAAAUGUUUUAUAUAAUACGUACAAUAUUGGUACAAAAGUUCCUUAUGAUAAGAGUUCAAAUAUUUUCGUCAGCCACUCUAAUUUAUAUAUUAAAUGAAUUAAAACAAUUCGUUCGGGUGUUUUCGCUGCCAUAAAAUGUACGCAAUCAAACCAUCUCUUUUCUCUUCGCUACAUAAUGCUUGUAAACCAUACAUACGCCUACGUUAAGAGCGUAAAUUUGAUAUCUCGUAACACUGUAAUAAGCUUUCUCGUCUGAUAAGUUGUAAGUAAAUGCAUUCGAUGGAUCUGAUAAUUAUUCCAGUGAUGUACCAACCGUUUCGUAUUGCCCCGUAGCCGACAAAUAAUGACAUUAUUGUUGUUGUACAAUGUAGAAUAUGUUGCCAUCUGUUUCUUUUACAAAAAUAUUUUCAACAUUGUGUCAUCAAUCAUGUUUGUUGUAAUAAUAAUUUUUUAAUCGAAGAGCUCGAUGGAAAAGUGUAUUUUUACAUUCACAGCUCUUUUAAUACAUUUGUCAAUAUAGUUUACUUUGCAGUAUAGAUUUUCAAAUAAAUUUCUAAUUUCUCAAUUGUAAAUCUUAAUUUUAUUAACACUCAGAAACCACUUACAUGCAGAAAUAUAUCGCUUAAAAACAAAUAUGCAGAUAGAAGUAACAUCGGUGGAGACCGGUAAUUAAGUACUGAGUAUUUCAUAUAGAAAUUCUAGAUAAGUAGUGAACGAGUUGCAAAUAAAUUUUAAGUUCUACUAAAUCCAAAAAUCUAUUCAGUUAAUAUUCAACUUCGAUAAAAUAAAACUCUAUAAUAAAAAAAAACUAAAGUUAAGAAAUCCGUUAUGAAGAAAUCUGAAAACGUUUUUGAUAAAAUAACAGGAAAUAAUGCUAAAUAAUACAAAAUUGUCGAAAGAAUUAUAAACUUGUAGCAUAACAAUAUACUAUUUAGAACACGAGGACACUUACACAUGUAAGUAAAUCAACUGAGAUUAUCAUUAUCACAAAAUGAACAUCGGUAUCGGCAUACGCAAUAUCGCUAUAUCUAUACCUGUUUAGAAACUUGCUUAUCUCGAUACGUGGCGGAGGAAACAGCUGUCAAUUGUCAGUCGUUGGUAUACGAUCGUACAGAGACCUUCGAUCCAAGAAACGUUGAAAAAUUUGUCCGAAAUCGUAUUGGUAAUUAACCAAUUGCGAAAUUGGUGAGCGUAAAUCGACAAGCUGAUAGUGCGAUCCAUUUAAACUUACGCGAUCGAUUUGUUGUUAUUCGAACUGAUAUAGUAUGCUUAUCAGAGUGAAAAUGCGAUGAAAAUAAUUGCAAUGUGACAGUGUCAUCAAAAAAGUACUACAUAUUGACAAAAGUUUGUGAAAAAUUUUGUAAAUAAUUACAUGAGAAAAUAAUGAGGUACAAUAUAGAACUAGGAGUGGCAGUUAAUUGAUUUUAUGAUUAAAAAAUGAGCGACUAUUAAUUGUAUUUAUGAUGUGAUCGACGUUGCAGUGAAUAUAAUCGUUAAUAAUUUCUUCUUCAUAUUUUCUUAUAAAUUUGAUUAGAAAAUUAAACGAUG